AUGAUUAUUCCUGUUCGUUGUUUCUCUUGUGGUAAAGUCAUCGGUAACAAAUGGGAUAACUACUUGUCUUUAUUGCAAGCUGAAUAUACUGAGGGUGAGGCAUUGGAUGCUCUUGGACUCAAGCGUUAUUGUUGUAGACGUAUGGUCUUGACCCACGUUGACUUGAUCGAAAAGCUCUUGCAUUAUAACCCUUUGGAGCGUUCAAGAGACCGUGGACGUGCUUAA